AUGUCCUACAAUGGUACGAACUAUCCUCCGCCCACUUACGAAACAUGUAAAGAUGGAAUUUCCGAACGAUGUCCUGCUGAGUUGUCACUUUACGGCGACACUUUUACACUAGGCGCCUGUGUUUUCUUUGUCGUGGCGCACGCACUGGCGCUUAUACCACAACUGUACUUCGGUAUCAAAGCACGAACUUGGUCAUACACGCUAUGGCUUGCGAUCGGGACGAUAUUCGAACUCAUCGGCUACAGCGGCCGUAUCGUCAUGAGUUCAAAUCCUUGGGUCUACAACGCCUUCGUCAUUCAACUCGUUCUUCUCAUCCUCGGGCCGACACUAGUCGCCGCUGCUAUCUCCAUCACUUUCAAACAUCUUGUGCUAUGGUACGGUCGAGAAUACAGUUUCAUUAAGCCUGUUCUAUACCCCUGGGUUUUUGUUGGCACGGAUUUCUUCUCUAUUGUUAUCCAGGCUGCUGGCGGUGGUGUUUCCUCAGCUGCCACUAAUGGAGACAACAAUGACCAGGGCAUGCUUGAUGUUGGUUCUGGUCUUCUUGUUGCUGGUGUUGUCUUUCAGAUGGCAAACAUGAUCUUCUGUGGUGGCCUGAUGAUGAUCUAUAUCUGGAGAAGACACAAGGCUAUCAAGAAUGGUGCUGCUGUCAGGGCUGGUGAUGAGACUGCUACGGAGAGUGAAUCGUCUGGCAACGGAAACGUCAAGGUCAUCAGAGCAAGUGACAAGAAGACUAAGGUCUUUGUCUACGCCUUGACCGUUGCUUACAUCGCCAUUAUCAUCCGUUGCAUCUACCGUAUCCCAGAAAUGCAGAUGGGCUGGGGCAGCUCUCUCAUGCAAAACGAGACAACAUUCCUAAUCCUUGACGGAGCCAUGAUUCUCAUUGCCGUAUGGACUUUGACCAUUUUCCAUCCAUACUUCUUCUUCCCAUUCCUGGGCAAGAAGCAUAAGCAGGAGAUGGAUGCUGAGAAGUCUCGAGCAGAGGGUCCAGAUGCGCCUGUGAUGGAGGAGAACGCUCAACGAUAA